GCCCCGCGCCGUCUCCCUGGCGACGGUUCCAAACACCCGUGGCCCGCCGUCUCUGGCGGUCGGUGGGUGCGGUUGCCCCUAGUUUGAGGCCUGCUCUAUUACUGGCAAGACUUGGGCAAGCCCCGGGGGCCGCUCCGACCACAACAGGGAAAGGAAUUGACCAACACUGUUUGGAUGAAUUUGACCAUUUCUUAGGAGACUCGAAUGUUAAGUUUCUAUAAAUGAAUGAACCAGUUCUCUGUUGUUUGGAGCAAUGCUGAAAUUCCAAGAGGCAGCUAAGUGUGUGAGUGGAUCAACAGCCAUUUCCACUUAUCCAAAGACCUUGAUUGCAAGAAGAUAUGUGCUUCAACAGAAACUUGGCAGUGGAAGUUUUGGAACUGUCUAUCUGGUUUCAGACAAGAAAGCCAAACGAGGAGAGGAAUUAAAGGUACUUAAGGAAAUAUCUGUUGGAGAACUAAAUCCAAAUGAAACUGUGCAGGCCAAUUUGGAAGCCCAGCUCCUCUCCAAGCUGGACCACCCAGCCAUUGUCAAGUUCCAUGCAAGUUUUGUGGAGCAAGAUAAUUUCUGCAUUAUCACGGAGUACUGUGAGGGCCGAGAUCUGGACUAUAAAAUUCAGGAAUAUAAAGAAGCUGGAAAAAUCUUUCCAGAUAACCAAAUAAUAGAAUGGUUUAUCCAACUGCUGCUGGGAGUUGACUACAUGCAUGAGAGGAGGAUACUUCAUCGAGACUUAAAGUCAAAGAAUAUAUUUCUGAAAAAUAAUCUACUUAAAAUUGGAGAUUUUGGAGUUUCUCGACUCCUAAUGGGAUCCUGUGACCUGGCCACAACGUUAACUGGAACUCCCCAUUAUAUGAGUCCUGAGGCUUUGAAACACCAAGGCUAUGACACAAAGUCGGACAUCUGGUCACUGGCAUGCAUUUUAUAUGAGAUGUGCUGCAUGAAUCAUGCAUUCGCUGGCUCCAAUUUCUUAUCCAUUGUUUUAAAAAUUGUUGAAGGUGACACACCUUCUCUCCCUGAGAGAUAUCCAAAAGAACUAAAUGCCAUCAUGGAAAGCAUGUUGAACAAGAAUCCUUCAUCAAGACCAUCUGCUAUCGAAAUUUUAAAGAUCCCUUACAUUGAUGAGCAGCUACAGCACCUAAUGUGUAGACAUUCAGAAAUGACUCUGGAAGACAAGAAUUUGGAUUGUCAGAAGGAGGCUGCUCGCUUAAUUAAUGCCAUGCAAAAAAGGAUCCACCUGCAGACUCUGAGGGCACUGUCAGAAGUACAGAAAAUGACUCCAAGAGAAAGGAUGAGGCUGAGAAAGCUCCAGGCAGCUGAUGAGAAAGGCAGGAAGUUGAAAAAGAUUGUGGAAGAAAAAUAUGAAGAAAAUAGCAAACGAAUGCAAGAAUUGAGAUCUCGGAACUUUCAGCAGCUGAGUGUUGAUGUACUCCAUGAAAAAACACAUUUAAUAGGAAUGGAAGAAAAGGAGGAGCAACCUGAGGGAAGACUUUCUUGUUCACCCCAGGACGAGGAUGAAGAGAGGUGGCAAGACAGGGAAGAGGAAUUUGAUGAACCGACUUUAGAGAACCUGUCUGAACCUCAGCCUAUUCCUUCCAUGGACCUCCGCAAACUUGAAUCAAUUGUAGAGGAUGCCACAUCUGACCUUGGAUAUCAUGGAUAACCAUGGAAUCACUGCGUUCAGUAAGGAAAAUAAUUUUAAUGAAUCUGCGAGCCUUUAAUGCUGACACUUUCUCUACGGUUAUGGCAUAAAACAGAGCAUCCACAUCCACCAAAAGAAGCCUUGUACAGGCACCAUGCCAUAACGUGACCUGGUUACCUGGUUCUGUCGACGGCGGGCAUCAGUGUCUUCACCCAAAGAGUCAGGCUCUCCAGAGAGGUUUGAAAAUUUCAGACAAAGUGAAGAUGACAAUGAUUUUCUCAGAAUGAUGAUGAGAACUCUACCAGAGAAUUGUAGACAGUUUACCAUGAAUACAUAGAGACAAAGAGCUUUUCCAGAUAGGCUGUAAGAUGUAGUAGUUGCAGGUUUCUAUUUGUUAAGAAACUUUUUAUUUUUAAACUUAACAAAGGUUUAAUAGCUUUAACUUUUAAAAAAUUUAUGCACAAAUACCUUGGUCCUAAACCAAAUAUUAACAAGUCACAGAGCAAAAAGUAAAACAGCUAAUAAAAAUAUUAAAAUCAUUAGAGUUACUCAUAACUUUUAAAAUUCAAUUAAAAUGAAUACAAUAACACAUUUAUCGAUCACACAAGCAA